GGCGACGCGGCGGAGCUGGGCGAGCACCCGGGCCACCACCACCACCACCACCACCAGCACCCGCACCACCCGCCGCACCACGGCGCCGUCAACAGCCACGAGGCGCACUCGGACGAGGACACGCCGACCUCGGACGACCUGGAGCAGUUCGCGAAGCAGUUCAAGCAGCGGCGGAUAAAGCUCGGGUUCACGCAGGCCGACGUGGGGCUGGCGCUGGGCACCCUCUACGGCAACGUCUUCUCGCAGACCACCAUCUGCCGCUUCGAGGCCCUGCAGCUGAGCUUCAAGAACAUGUGCAAGCUGAAGCCUUUGUUGAACAAGUGGCUGGAGGAAGCCGACUCCUCCACGGGCAGCCCCACGAGCAUCGACAAGAUCGCGGCGCAGGGCAGGAAGAGGAAGAAGAGGACCUCCAUCGAGGUGAGUGUCAAGGGGGCCUUGGAGAGCCACUUUCUGAAAUGCCCCAAGCCCUCCGCCCAGGAGAUUACGAACCUAGCGGACAGCCUGCAGCUGGAGAAGGAGGUGGUCAGGGUUUGGUUUUGCAAUCGGAGGCAGAAAGAGAAAAGGAUGACCCCGCCGGGCAUCCAGCAGCAGACCCCCGACGAUGUCUACUCGCAGGUCGGCACCGUGAACGGCUCCGGCGGCGCCGCGCACACGCUCGCGCUCCCCCUCCCUCCCUCAAACACACACACACACAAACACUCACACACACGACAUGCGGGCUCGUUCAGACUGCUUGUGGUUAUAUAUAUAUGGAUAGACGCGUGCAUCCGUAUCUAUAUCUAUAUAUAUAUAUACAAGAGCGAUGCGGACAGGGAGCGCUGGAGGAGAAGAGCGAUGCGGGCGCUAGCGUUGCACACUGUGGUGGGCAAGCGGGGCGGAGAUGCGUAA